AUGAUAAUUGAGGUACUUGGGAAAAUUGAGGUUCUUGGACUCGAUCCUCCAUCCACAAAUGCAAGGCACAUAACGUUCUUAUUGACUGGAAACAUUGAAUUCGCACCAUAUAUCUUCCAAGAAACAUCAUUCCCGGGGAAAACUAGUUCAAUUGUUGGAACAGAAGGACCAGUGGCAGUGGUGGAAAUGGUGGAGGAACUGAAACAUGCUCUAAAUGGCGCCACUGCAUUGAUGCUUUUGAUCUUUGACCGUUCGAAAACCCGCAAUCACUCACACAAAGUUGGGUUAUUGGUUUGUGUAGCAUCAAUACCAUCUGGAAAGAUUGCAAAGAUAUAG